AUGUUAAUAGCAAAGUAGUUUUCUAUUAGAUUGACUAAAUGUUUAUAUCAAAUUGACUCUUUUUUCUUUGUAAGGUUAUAGUAAAGAUGCUAGUGAAAUAAAAGUUAAGUGCCCCAUUCAUUGUUUUUUAAAUCCUAAAAUUUUAGUGUAAACUUCAUCACAAAUUAAAGGUCAUAAACAAAUAAACCUAGAAGAUUUGAAAAUGCCUGAAAAUUUACCUCCUUCAGAUCAUGAAAGUGUCAGAUACAAUAUUUUAAAAAAUCCAGUGGUGGGCCAACAGUCUGAGGAUGUCUACAUUUCAUCUUCUAACGUGAACAGAAGAUCUAAUGGACUCAAAGGAAAACUACCAAAGUUGAAGACCUUUUGCUUGAUAAACAGUAUUUUUGUCUUUCUUAUCAUAAUUAUUGGCAUCUCAGGUGCUUAUUUUUAUCAUACACGUUCAAAUGCAUUACAUUCUUCUGGCAAUGCUUGUGUCUCCUUCAAUCAGCUUGACAAAUUGAUUAUAGUUCACGAAGUAACAGAUUUCAAUUCAUGUCUAGACAACAGAACAUGUCACACAUUUGUAAAUGCAAUUGAACAAAAACAUGAUGGAUCAAAAUACAACUUUGUGGUUGGUGAAGAAGGUGAGCUUUACAUCGGUUCUGGAUUUAAAUGUCUUGCCAAUAACGAUGAAAAAGCGUUGUAUGUGAAAAUUUUAACAUCAAAUAAACCCAGAGAAAUAAAUGCAUUUAGAAUAGUUUCAGACAGUGUUCAGGUCAAGAAUAAUAAAAUUUGUAACAGACUCUCUGAGCUUAUUAGGCAUGGUAUUUCGUGUGGGAAAAUUGCAUCUGAGCAUAAAAUUGAAACAGUGAUGAAGGACAGUUUGGUAGACGGAUAUGUCAGACAGGGUUCAUCAUCGUUAGUUUGCAUAUUUGCUUUGGAAACUGAUAUGAAGACAUUCCACGUCCAUGAUCCAAAUCACGAGAAGAAGUUGAUCCACAGCGACUUUGCAUGGACAUCGUGUGGAUAUUUCUCUACUACUAAAAAUACAAGCAAUCACAAAAUAGUAACACUGGAAAGUUUGCCAAAAAACUCGUGUCCACCUCUAAAGAGAGUAAAUCACAUUGUGGUUGAUGUUGUAGAGAAAAAAAGUUCUUUAAAUCAUUCGUCUACCUUGCAAGAAUAUGAUGAGCAUCACGAAGGCUUCAAGUACAACUUUAUCAUAGAUCAAAACAGCGAUGUAUAUGUUGGCUUAGGAUUUAAAUGCAAAGCAGCGGAUUUAGCUGACGGUGUGUUGAAGAUCAAGAUUUUGAGGGGUCCAAGGGAAGAGUAUAGUGUUGAUGAUAAUAACUAUCAAUUUGAGAAAUACAUACUUCUUCUAGAAGAAGGGUUUGCUUGUGGAAGGAUUUCUGAAUAUUUAGAUGUUAAAUUGAAUUGCGAUUGGGAGUAUGGCGUAUUUUAUGAUUGUGGAGAUGAUUAUAAAAUAUUUGAUCAUAUAAAACUAGUAAAAUUGAAAAUUAGUAGUCUUCCGACAAAUCUCAUUGUGAAUCGCACAGUUGAUUCGGAAGACGGAAAGGGUAUUGUGCCUCGUGAGGAGAGAUACCAAUAUUGUCAUAGGAACCAAUCGCAUCGUCCAGAAUUAGCAUCGACGAUUGCCCCAAAUACUACUAACAUGUCUUGCACUCCCUUUGAAAAAGUCAGUAAAGUAAUGGUAAUAAGAGAAAAUUUUACAUUAACAAAUGAAACUUUAUCACCCAAAGACGUUUUGGAGCAUGAAAAUGAUUGGAUGAAUUUUAAUUUUGUCUUCCUCCCAAAAGGUAUCUUGUACAUCGGUGCUGGAUUCAAAUGUCUCAAGAAACAGGGUGCAUUGAAAGUAAAAUUACUUGAAUCCCUUAAAGAUCACGCAACAUGCAUGAGGUUGGCUGAAAUCAUACAUAAUGGAAUCUUAUGUGGGAAAAUUUCACAAAUCUUUUCACUUGUUGCCAACGAUCUAGCUUCAGCAUACCAUUAUGAUAGCAGUUGCACACUAUUAGGAUCUGACCUUUUCAAAAACAAGAGUAAUCAUAUUCAUGACCCGGAUUACAAAAUGGGAACCAUCAUACCACAUGACUCUGGGUGGUCAUUUUGUGGAAACUAUACCAACAAAACGACCGAGGAAAGUGAAAAAACACCAACAAAUAGCUUACCAGAAUCUUGCACACGCUUGGAGGCAGUUAAUGAAAUAAUUGUGGACAUUGAAGUGGAGGAGCCACAAUUCAAAUCCAAUUGUGAAGACUACUGGUACUCGACAUGCUUAAAAACCUUUGAAGAACAAUAUGAUGGCUUGAAAUACAACUUUGUCGUCAAUUCCAACGAGGAUGUGUACGUAGGGGCAGGUUACAGAUGUGCGGCUGAGGAAGGCUUGAUUCAUACAAUCAAAAUAAAAGUGUUGAUGAGUAUGAAUGUUCAUUUUGUUUCUCAGAAAUAUAGAUUAAAAAAGAUUAUUAUUGAGGGCUCUUCUUGUGGAAUAUUAUCAAAUAAUUACCAUGUAAAAGUAAAUUGUUUAGGUGCACUUGAAAGACUACAAACCGCUUGUGAACACGAUUAUUUGCAAUCCUCUCCUGAUAUUAGGGGUAAUGUAGUUCCAACAUAUCUAGAAAAUCGAGAUAAAACAAUAGUAGAGCUUGGCAGGGUGGUUAUCCCAAAUUAUUUUGAUUACCUAUUUUGCAGAGUGAAAGAAGAUGAUAAAAUUUUUUGGGAAGACGAUUAUGUUGAUUAUGCGUACUCAGAAUAAGAUAGGACAGUAGUUUGUUUUGUUUUCACAGAUUUGGGUCACAAUUGAUCAGGAAAAGUUUCAAUGUUACUGUUUUGAGAACAGUUUAUUUCAUAACACCUGUUAAUUUCUAUUAAUUAUUAUCAUAUGUUUAUUUGUUAUUCUAUGUUUGUAAAAAAAGGUAAAUAAAGUGAGUUGAGUUUGAGUUAUGACAUAAAACAGUGCAUUCACUUAAUUCUUAGUAAAAUAGUACAUGGUGGCAGCGGUUUAGAGCUAUGCCUCAGAAGAGAAAUCCAAGAAGGAAACAAUCUGACUAUGAAGAUAAUGAAAAUGAAAGAAGCAGAGAAAAUGAAUACAACAAUUCAACUAAGAAGUCAAUAAUUGUAUCAAACACUCAUUCAGUUAUUCAACCUCCAGCUAGUUUCUCCUUUGUACCAGCAGAUUGGCCAAGAUGGAAAACACGAUUUCAAAGAUAUCGGUCAGCAUCUGGGCUAUCUGAAGAGUCUGAGAACAAACAAAUCAACACUCUUAUAUACACAUUAGGAGAGAAAGCUGAUUAGAUUUUUGCAUCUUUUAAUUUAGCAACCGAAUCAACGCUAACAUUUGAAGAAGUCUUAGAUUUAUUUGACAAACAUUUUAUUCCACGGAGGAACUUAAUUUUUGAAAGAGCAAAGUUUUUGAAGAGAAAACAAAAAAUUAAUGAAACAGUUGAAGAGUUUAUAGUUAGUCUCCAUUCCUUGGCUAGAACCUGUGACUGGGGUUCACUUAAUGAUGAAAUGGUGUUGAUGGUACUAAUACUGGGUUUAAUUUAAAUGAUGAGGAACUUAGUGAUCGCUUGUUGCUAGAUCCCGAGAUGAAUUUAGACAAGGCCAUUACAGUAAUAAGACAUGCAGAUAACGUAAAGAAAGAGA